AUGCUCUCGUCAGGUUCUCGCAUGCCCUUGGAACGAACAUCAAGUGGUAAGUCAAAAGACCUUUGCUACGUUCCGUUACUUAUUCUAACUCGGUUGACUAGGUUCGUGCCACGGCCACGACCAGGUGUAUUCCGCAUCACCAAGAACAAUCAUAACAUUCUCCAGGGCGUGGCUGCGCCUGACCAACGACUAACGAACCAGCAUAAACGAGAUCUAACGGACUGGAUCCUCGCGAAUGCAAAUCGAUACUGGUUCGGUAAGGGAGGGCCCCUUGAACCGCCUGAGAAGGGAGGAGCGGAUAUAAUUAUCAUCGAUGACCCGCAGAUGCCGGGCCUGAUACCCCUGAUUAAAAAGGCGACUCCCAACAGGCCCGUUAUUUACAGGAGUCAUAUACAGAUCCGAAGCGAUCUGAUUGAUCAGCCGGGCUCGCCGCAAGAAGAGUGCUGGCAGUAUUUCUGGGAAAGUAUCCGUCAGGCUGAUUUGUUUAUCAGCCAUCCCGUUGAGGCGUUUGUGCCUAGUACGGUUCCCAAGGAGUCUGUGGGAUAUCUUCCUGCAGCUACUGAUUGGUGA